AUGUCCGUCGAAGUAAUCAACACCAUCUCCCCCAAUACCAACGAGACUAUCUUAUCUCGAAAUGGAGUCUCCGCCGCAGAACUUGACCUGAUGCCCGAGGUCGCCACCGAGGCGUUUCAGAGCUUCCGCAAGACUACCCUCAAGGAACGACAAGAAAUUGUCAAGAAAUUCCUCAAGGAGCUCUCCAGCCACGAGGCUGAGCUUGCGGAGGAAUUGACCGUCCAAAUGGGUCGUCCCAUUGCCUUCACUGGCAAGGAAAUUACAACGGCCAUCAAGCGCGCCGAAUACCUGCUUAAAAUUAGCGACGAGGCCCUCAAGGACACGGAAGGCGAACCAGAAAGGGGCUUCACGCGCUUCAUUCGCAAGUUGCCUGUCGGGCCCGUGCUCAUAAUCUUUGCCUGGAAUUAUCCCUACCUUAUUCUCAUGAACUCCAUCAUCCCCGCAAUCUUGGCUGGAAAUACGGUAAUUCUCAAGCCAUCUCCCCAAACUCCCACCAUCGUGGAGCACGUCGCUCAAUUCUUUGCGGCUGCUGGGCUGCCAGAGGGGGUCCUUCAAUACUUCCACUGCGGUUCGCCGAGUGCCAUGGAAUCACUGAUCCGGGACCCCAGAAUUGCCCAUGUGUGCUUCACUGGCUCUGUGGCCGGCGGCCUGGCUGUUCAAAAGGCUGCCUCUGAUCGUAUUGUGAAUGUUGGGCUGGAACUGGGUGGCAAGGACCCUGCCUACAUCCGAGACGACGUAGAUGUUGCCUGGGCUGCUGAGGAGAUUGUCGAUGGAGCUGUCUUUAACUCCGGCCAGAGCUGCUGCUCGCUUGAGAGAGUUUACGUUGACGAAAAAAUUCACGAUGCCUUCAUCGAGAGCGUGCAAAAGGUGCUUCGAGGUUACAAGUUGGGCGAUCCAUUUGACAAGACAACUCACGUUGGUCCUGUCAUUUCCAGGCGUUCCAAACAGGCAAUUGAGUCACACAUUAAGGACGCCUUAGACAAAGGCGCCAAGGAUGCUACGCCAGACAACGAGAGCUUCAAUAACCCGCCACCCAAAGGCAACUUUGUGAAACCUACGUUGCUGACUGGGGUGGACCACACAAUGACGGUUAUGACUGAGGAGACAUUUGGCCCAGUAAUUCCGGUGAUGAAGGUCAAGAGCGAUAGCGAGGCCAUCAAGCUUAUGAACGAUAGCGAAUUCGGCCUCACUGCUAGCAUCUGGACCAAAGACACGGAAAAGGGAUACGAGUUGGCAGAAGAUGUGGAGGCGGGUACUGUGUUUGUGAACCGUUGUGAUUACCCCAGUCCUGAUCUCGCUUGGACAGGGUUCAAGAACUCUGGCAAGGGCCAGACAUUGGGACGAUUCGGUUUUGAGCAAUUUGUGAAAUCCAAGAGCUUCCACAUGAAGAAAUAUCCGCAAUAA